GAGACACACAGGCUUUGAAAGAGGGAAAAAGAACGAGAAUGGCAGGUUCCAAAUCAGCUCUGGUGCUGUGCAUGGAUGUGGGCUUCUCCAUGUCCAACUCAGCCCCAGGGGAAGAAUCUCCUUUUGAUUCUGCAAAAAAAGUCAUCCAGAAGUUUGUUCAGCGCCAGGUUUUUGCAGAAACUAAGGAUGAACUGAGUUUAGUUCUGUUUGGUACAGAUUCUACUAAAAACCCUCUGAGCCAAGAUGGCCAGUACCAGAACAUCACAGUGCACUGUCCCUUCAUGGUGCCAGACUUUACGCUUCUGGAGGAGAUUGAACACCAGCUCCAUCCAGAGAAUCAGCAGGGAGACUGGCUGGAUGCUCUUGUCGUUUGCAUGGAUCUUCUUCAGACCCAAACUCGUGGGAAGAAGUACGAUCGUCUGAGCAUCAUCCUGCUGACGGACUUGAACGCUGCGGCCAGUUCUGACAACCUGGAUGUGAUCGUUGAAAACCUGAAAAAAGCUGGAAUCACCCUGCAGUUUUUUUUGCCUUUCCCUGUCGAGGAUGAUGAGGAAGGUCAAGGUGAUGGAGACAGAAGAGGACCUGGUGACCCUGGUGCAGGCAAAGGUCUGUCCAGGGAACAGAAAAGUGGUCUGGAGAUGGUGAAGCACAUCAUGCUAAGCCUAUAUGAGGAGGAGGGCCUGGAUGAAAUAUACACAUUCAGGAAUGCAGUCGAGCAGCUGUGCAUGUUUAAACGCAUUGAGAGGAGACCCGUGGCUUGGCCCUGUCAGCUGACCAUUGGCAGCUCCUUGUCCAUCCCUAUUGUCGGCUAUAAAGCUGUGACUGAGGAGAAACUGAAGAAAACGUGGAUUACGGUUGAUGCUCAAAGUAAAAAGAAGGACGACGUGAAGAAAGAGACGGUCUACUGCCUGGAUGACGACAACGAGACAGAGGUGCAGAGGGAGGACAUUAUACAAGGUUUUCGUUAUGGAAGCGACAUUGUUCCUUUCUCCAAAAUUGAUCAAGAGCAAAUGAAGUACAAGCAUGAUGGGAAGUGCUUCGCUGUACUGGGCUUCACCAAACAGAACAUGAUACUUCGCCAUCUGUUCAUGGGAUCAAAUGUUCUCAAGAUAUUUCCUGCCCGAGAUGAUGAGCAUGCAGCAGUGGCCCUGUCGGCUCUUAUUCGUGCGCUGGAUGAACUCAAAAUGGUGGCCGUUGUACGAUACGCCUAUAACCGGUGCAGCAACCCUCAAGUGGGCGCUGCUUUCCCGUUUAUCAAGCCGAGCUAUGAGUGUCUGAUGUACGUCCAGCUGCCCUUCUUGGAAGACCUCAGACAUUAUCUGUUCCCGUCGCUGGACAAAAACAAAAAGAUCGCUCCAUCAGAGCCGCAGCUGUCAGCCGUAGACAGUCUCAUUGACUCCAUGAUGCUGGUAGGAGAAGAUGAAAACCAUGACCAAAAGGAUUUGUUCAAGCCCCACCAUCUUCCCAACCCGCACUUCCAGAGGCACUUCCAGUGUCUGCACCACCGAGCGGUGCACCCAGAUUCUCCUCUUCCCGCCAUGGAGCCAUGGCUGGCGGCUGCUCUCGAUCGCCCCGAGGUCAUCAAGGAACGCUGCCAAGCUCCGCUGGAGGCUUUAAAGAAGCUGUUUCCUCUCACCGAAGUGGAGAAGAAGAAACGGCUCAAGACGAGCGCUCAGAUUUUUGGCAAAGAUUCCGAGGAGCCAGAUGCUAAAAAAGCGAAGGAAGACGAAGCAGAGGAGUAUAACCUGGCAGACAUCGCUGAAGGUUCUGUUUCUUCUGUGGGGAGCGUUGAUCCGGCCCGAGACUUCCGCACUCUGAUCAAGCAGAAGAGUCUUCCAUUUGGGGAGGUCUGUCAGCAACUGACUCACAGGAUUGAGCAGUUGCUUAGCAACAAGAACACACACUACUACAUGAAAAGCAUCACCUGUAUCCAGGCUUUCAGAGAGCAGUCUGUUAAGCAGGGGAAUGCUGAUCUGUUCAACAGUUACCUUCAGUCCCUGAAAAGGAGCAUUCCCAGCAGAGGCCUCGAGGUCUUCUGGGACCUGCUCGUUCAAGACGCUGUAACGCUGAUCAGCAAGGUUGAGGUUGAAGCGAGCACUGUUUCAAGAGACGAAGCUAAUCAGUUUUUAAUGGCUGAGGAAAAGAAGGAAGAAGCAGCUGCAGUUCCAGCUGAAGAUACGGGAGAUGUUGAUGACUUGCUGGACAUGAUGUAAGAAGAGAGGCAGGAAGAAUUUGAGGAGUGCGUUCUUUGAACCCACUCAGACCAAACCAGUUCAGCCGUCCAUUGUUCUGCUUAUGGGAGCUGUGUACUUUGUUGCUGUUAAUGGAAACAUUCCAAGCAUACUGCACAGAGAGGGAUUUUAGUAAACGUCACAAUUUGAACAUGCUCUAAAACACUUGACUGAGCAUUACACAAAAAUGGUUCAGAG